AAGGAAAGAAUGAAUGGGGCCAUGUAUCGUGAGAUUUUGAGCCAAAACCUCCUUCCAUCAGUGAGAGCUUUGAAUGGUUGACCAAAUACUUAUUUUCCACCAUAAUUUACAAAUAAAUUCUUUAAAAUUCCUGCAAUGUGAAUUCCUGGAUUUUUUUUUCACAUUCUGUCUCUCACAGUUGAAGUGUACCUAUGAUGAAAAUUACAGACCUCUGUCAUCAUUUUAAGUGGGAGAUUUUGCACAAUCGCUGGCUGACUACAUACUUUUUUGCCCCACUGUGUAUAUUUAUAUAUGUAUUAAUUUUUUUCCCUUUUUUUGUAUAUUUCCUUUCUUUCUCGAGAGUUUUUUUUUUUUUUUUAUCGACGUUUGUAGUCCAUCUCCAUGCAACCAGAAGGAGCUUUUCUAACAUGUAACCAGUUUGGAUAAAAGUUUCAUUAUAAUUAUCACACCAAAAAUCAGGGCUUCACGGUGGAAGAGGGGUUAGUGCGUCUGCCUCACAAUACGAAGGUCCUGCAGUCCUGGGUUCAAAUCCAGGCUCGGGAUCUUUCUGUGUGGAGUUUGCAUGUUCUCCCCGUGAAUGCGUGGGUUCCCUCCGGGUACUCCGGCUUCCUCCCACUUCCAAAGACAUGCACCUGGGGAUAGGUUGAUUGGCAACACUAAAUGGUCCCUAGUGUGUGAAUGUGAGUGUGAAAGUUGUCUGUCUAUCUGUGUUGGCCCUGCGAUGAGGUGGCGACUUGUCCAGGGUGUACCCCGCCUUCCGCCCGAUUGUAGCAACCCCAAAAGGGAAUAAGCGGUAGAAAAUGGAUUGAUGGAUGGACACCAAAAAUCACAAAACAAAAACACUGGUUUGAAUCAAACAGCUCUUAAAAGUAAGGAUAUUUCUAGAAAUACGAUUUGAAAUCUUGGCAAGUGAAAAAAAAAACAACAAGUGCAUUGCAUAAUUUAUUUCAAUGUUAUAGGUCCGAAAUUGUUUAAAAAUCCUACCCAGGAUGGAGUUCCAGAAGUCCCGCAGUGAGCUGCACGAGCUCCGGGACCCCCGGGAAUGGCCAAAAGAUACUUUCGGACCUUUUUCCAACUUUUUCUCAAAUUGUCCCCCACUUUCGCUGGUUCACUUCUGGGUAUCUUUUGGCCAUUCCCGGUGUUCCCGCUCGCUGCGGGACUUCUGGAACUCCAUCCUGGGUAGGAUUUUUAAACAAUUUCGGACCUUUUUCCAACUUUUUCCCAAAUUAUGUUGAUAGUUUUUUCUUUUAUUUUGACUUUAAUGAAUGACACAAAGUGGAAAUGUCAACAAUUGACCACAUGAUGGCGCCAAAGUCCUAUUUCUGUAAUGCUGCUUUUAGAAGAAGCACACAAUUGACCUUUUGCUCUCAAUAAAGAGGUCAAGACUAGACCGCUUUAAAUCCACUUCAUAUUUAAUAAGUGACAUUAACUUUAUAACUCUUUUUAAUAUUAAUUGGCAAAACGUUUAGCAGGACGACAGCCAAAUGAGGCUGUGAUGGAUCGUGCGUGUAACACAGCAAUUAAAGUCCUCCACGUCAGGGAGUGUCUCUGAAGGGUUAAACCUCCGUGGACGUGUUCCCCCAGCAGCGUGGGACAUGUUCCAACGCCUGCCUCAGUGCGGGACGUGGACACGCGCUCGCACGGAUACUUCACUCCACAGCCGCCUUUUUCGACGCGCGCACUUGGCGGGAAUUGCGGCGCGGGAAGGAUCGCUGCUGGCUCUCAUGUCGGGAGCAAUUGUGUGUUGAAGUGAUGCCUCGCUCUCCCUUCUAGGCACGCAUCGCGAGAAGUGGGGAUUUUUAUUUAUUUUUUGCUGCACAAGGAUGAUGAAUCAGGACACAUAAGUCAGCAAUUAGAUUACAAAUAAGGUGACCACAGAGAUGGUUGAGCCGCAAAUAUUUGCAUCUUCAAGAGGAUCUUAAAUCAUUCAAUAAAUCACAGAAGAUGGGAGCUCUGCAAAUAUUCCUCUUUUUUCUCCUCCUGCACCAGGUCUCCUGCAGGAAAGUAGACGCUGGGGAGACGGAGCUGAUGGAGUGGGGGGACCCCCUCUCCUCUCCCACGGGGGCCAGUCCUCGGAUCCUCAACCCCCUGCGCCUGUUUGCCAGGCCCUCCCCGGCCCUGAAGGAAGUGUCCUAUUUACAGAACAUGGAGGACUUCUGGGACUGGUUAUCUAACCAGACAGAUGUUCAGGACCCACAGGCCAGAACUAAACGCAGGCCCAUCGUCAAGACCGGCAAGUUCAAGAAGAUGUUCGGCUGGGGAGACUUCCACUCCAACAUCAAGACGGUCAAACUCAACCUGCUGAUCACGGGCAAGAUCGUGGACCACGGCAACGGCACCUUCAGCGUCUACUUCCGCCACAACUCCACGGGCCUGGGCAACGUGUCGGUCAGCCUGGUGCCGCCCUCCAAGGUGGUGGAGUUCGAGGUGGCCCAGCAGUCCACGCUGGAGACCAAGGACACCAAGUCCUUCAACUGCCGCAUCGAGUACGAGAAGACGGACCGCAACAAGAAGACGGCGCUGUGCAGCUUCGACCCAUCCAAGGUGUGCUAUCAGGAGCAGACGCAGAGUCACGUGUCCUGGCUCUGCUCCAAGCCCUUCAAGGUCAUCUGCAUCUACAUCGCCUUCUACAGUGUGGACUACAAACUGGUGCAGAAGGUUUGUCCCGACUACAACUACCACAGUGACACACCUUACUCCUCCACCGGAUGACAUCACCUUUAAGUCACGGCAGCUCUCCAACCACCGGGCAGGAAGUCACCUUCAGAUACUUCCUGUUUCCAUCCAGCUACUUGGGUCUCCACAGCACCAUUUCAUGGGUACUUCUUGGAGCGGUACUGUGAGUACUAGGGCUGCACAAAAUAUCCAUUCACGUCAGAAACACAGUUUUCUUUCAUCCCGAUUCUGAAUCGCUACGUACUGUACUUU